ACUUUUAUCCUAAGCUUUGCAUAUACCAACAACCCCCUUUUCUAACAUGUCAUUCAAAGGAUCCGUUUUGAUCACUGGCUGCAGCAAUGGAGGAGCCGGUGCUGCUAUGGCGAUGACUUUCCAGAAGGAAGGUUACCAAGUCUUUGCAUCUUCUCGCAACUUAGGAACUAUGUCCAAUGUCGAAAGUCUGCCAAACGUCAAGCUGAUUCAGCUUGAUAUUACCAAAGCCACAGAUAUCCAAGCUGCCACAGACAGUGUAAGCAAGGAAACCGGCGGGACUCUAACGUAUCUUGUCAACUGUGCUGCUCGCAAUCACUUCAUGCCAUUGCUAGAUGAAGACAUUGAAGCCGGAAAAGCACUGUACGAUACCAAUGUCUGGGGACCGCUGGCAGUGACUCAGGCUUUUGCGCCUUUCUUGAUCAAGUCCAAAGGGACUGUUGUUUUUAUCACAUCAUUAUCAGGAUACCUCAACGUGCCCUAUCAAGGUACAUUUGCCGCGUCCAAACGGUCCGAAGAAAUCAUGGCAGAAACUUUGAGACUUGAACUUGCUCCGUUCCAUGUAAAAGUUCUCUCCGUCGUGACGGGUGCUCUCAAAACCAUGGGACAAACUCACUUUGACGAUUGGAAGCUGCCAGAUAAGUCUCUAUAUGCACCAAUCGAAUCAACUAUCUGCGAUAGGGCUCGUGGCCAGGAAGGUGCGCCUAGAAUGGAUGCUAUGGAUUAUGCCAAGCGUGUUGUAUCCGAGAUCAUCAAGGGUAGAACGGGGAAGUUCUGGUACGGAGCGAGUGCAGGGGCAGUCAAAUUUGGCACGUCGUAUCUUCCAACAUUCCUUAUGGACAGUGGCGUGCAGAUUAAAACCGGUUUAGAUGUGUUGGCGAAACAGAACAAAUAGGAUGACGCGAAUAAUUGUAGUAUAUUCAGACUACAGUCAGUGUUAAGAGCUUAUAUUUGGGGGCUUAUGCAAGAGGACAAAUAGAAUGUGACUGUAAAAUGUUACAUAUCAGGACUUCUUUAUUGUCAAUUCAUAUAUUUAACCCAA